GCCAAAGUUGGAGUCGCGCGAUGUGCAGGAUGCCCUGGUGAACACGAGGUGGUGGUUGCACGUCAGCGUGCUUGCCCGCCGAGGUGCGCUCUUUUUAACUCCCCCGUCGCCCGGCGCUUACCUCUCUCCCUCCGUGCUUCCCUGUGCCACAACCUCUCUCCACUCCUCUCUGGAGCUCAUUAGGACUACAGUGCCCUGCCUUUUUGUCAUCGCUGGCGACGACACUCUAGAGCUUCAGGACCGCGUUCUCGCGUCCUCCUAUUGACCCGUUGCCCUCGCCUAGGGCCAAUCACGUAGCCAUACUUGAAAACACCAGGAAGGCCCUCAACAUGCCGUCGCUGUUCCCAAGCCACACAGCCCUCCAGCAGGCCUUCUCAGGCCAGCCUGAUGCCAAGACCACGCUCACGACCAGCGCGACACCUCGCCAGGCUCGCUCGGAGCUCUACGUCGCCUACUCUUUGGCAGACGAUGCCAAGGACAAGGCCAAGCAGCUCAGCGCAGAAGCCCAGAAGGAAUUCGACAAGGCCACUGGUGCUGUCCAAGCCAAGGCCGGCAAGAAGCUCGAGCUCUACUCGAGCCAGUACUAUGCAGCAUGCACCUUUGGUGGCCUUAUGGCCUGUGGCUUGACUCACACUGCCGUCACACCUCUUGACCUCGUCAAAUGUCGUCGCCAGGUCAAUUCGUCUCUGUACAAGGGCAACUUUCAGGCAUGGGGCAUGAUAUACCGAGCUGAAGGACUCCGCGGCAUCUUCACUGGAUGGAGUCCAACCCUGUUGGGUUACUCUGCCCAAGGAGCCUUCAAGUACGGUUGGUAUGAAUACUUCAAAAAGAAGUACUCGGAUCUCGCUGGUCCGGAGAGGGCGGCAAACAACAAGACGGUGCUCUACCUUGCCGCAUCCGCCUCGGCCGAGUUCCUUGCCGACAUUGCCCUAUGUCCCUUUGAAGCCGUCAAAGUCCGUAUGCAGACGACCAUCCCGGCUGCCUACACUGGCACGUUUGACGGUUUCCGCAAGAUUACAGCCACCGAAGGUAUUGGCGGCCUGUACAAGGGGCUGUACCCGCUAUGGGGUCGACAAAUUCCUUACACCAUGAUGAAAUUUGCCUCCUUCGAGACCAUUGUCGAGAUGAUUUACGCUCGGCUGCCUGGAAAGAAGAGUGACUACAGCAAGGCUGCUCAGACAGGGGUCAGCUUCGUUGGUGGCUACGCGGCCGGUAUCCUGUGUGCCAUUGUCUCCCAUCCAGCGGAUGUGCUGGUCAGCAAGCUGAAUGCCAAUCGCAAGGCUGGUGAGGGCUUCGGCGCCGCCGUCGGACGCAACUACCGUGAGAUCGGCUUUGGUGGACUGUGGAAUGGCCUGCCUGUCCGUAUUGUCAUGAUUGGAACGCUGACCGGCCUGCAGUGGAUGAUCUACGAUUAUUUCAAGAUCUUCAUGGGAUUCCCCACAACUGGCAGUACUCCCGAACCGGAGCUUAAGAAGUGAAGAUAUUUGUACACCAUGGGCUGCUAGAAUGGAGACAUGUGCGCUGCUUCGUAUCUUUGGAAUCGGUGGUUUACAAUGUUGCGAUGGUUCUUUCGUCCUCCGGCAGUUGGCGUCAUGAGUUGUGCCGGGGCUCGGGCUGCAUGGGCCUAGUGUUUGCAGCUCUUCUUAAUUGUCUGACUCUUGUGCCUAUUUUUUCAGACAAGAAUAUUUGCCAUGACAACGGGGCCGAUCCCUCUACCAGUUGUAUUGCUAGAAGUAAUAAAUGCUUUGUGUCUCAGUC